GGUGUACGCUCCGGACUUUAGUGGGCGCUGUUCACAUUAGUAUGGUCUGUAAACGCCCAUCGCGCGCACAACAAAGAAGACAGCGGAGAUACUUUUGUAUUAAGAGCACGUGUUAAAAUGGCCUCAAAUCCGCCCGGACAAGGAUUUCAGGACAAAAACAGGGCUGCUAUUCUAGCUGAGUUGAAUAAAGAGAAGAGACGUCUGAUACAGAGUCAGUCUAUGAAUAACCCUGGAGCCAGCAUUCCACUCUCUAGACCAGCUGUAAAACAAGAGUUUAGGGAUCAGGCUGAACAGCAGCAUAUUGCAGCACAGCAAAAAGCAGCUUUACAGCAUGCACAUGCACACUCGUGCGGAUUCUUUAUCACUCAGGAUUCGUCAUUUGGUAAUCUUAUACUACCUGUGUUGCCAAGACUUGACCAGGACUAAAUGAACAGUUUUACAGACUGCAUCGCUGUUUAGAUUUACCUUUGUAUUGGAUGUAGAUGUGGUAGAUGAAAUUUUUUGUAAAUGAAAAAUUCCACCCUUUUUUUAGAUUGUUGUGCAUAUUUUUAGUGAUUAUACAUAAAGUGGAGUAAACUUAA